GCUUUGUUGUAACCUCACAGUUAAAAUUCAACAAUCCGCGCCCAUUGACUGCUCAUCUCGCCCCUAGACGCUUUCAUCAUAUGCUGGAUGAAUAGAGCCGUAUGCGCUCGACUGAAACGACAGUCAUUGACGAGUUUCCCAGCUGCCUAUCGCCCUUUGACGACCUAUCAACGCAUUUACUCAUCCACCAGCAUUUUUGACAAGUUCGCCUCCUCGACCCAUAAAACCGCCCUCUCACCUUCAGCCUUCCGACUCAUACACUCCUCCCCAACACUACACUUCAAAAAGAUGACGAUGCACGGCUCGACUCGCUCGAAACGCAAGCAGCACGCUGCGCCGCUCCCGGAGCGACCACAGAAGCUGCACCGCGCGGUUAACGGCAAAGAGUCCGUCGGAGAGAACACACCAGACCUAGGCUCCUCCUCGCCCAUAGACGAGAUGGAGAUGGAGAUGGAAGAGGAAGACGACGACCGCAUCGGCAUCGUCGCCCCAGCCGACAGCGCCGAGUGGCAAGCUACCAUCGAGGAAGUCGUCCGAAACGUUGUCUCCAUCCGCUUCUGCCAGACCUGCGCCUUCGACACGGACCCCGCCCUCACCAGCGAGGCGACCGGCUUCGUCGUCGACGCAGAGCGCGGAUACAUCCUCACGAAUCGUCACGUCGUCGGCUCGGGCCCGUUCUGGGGUUACGUCGUCUUCGAUAACCACGAGGAGGUCGAUGCAUACCCCGUCUACCGCGACCCGGUGCACGAUUUUGGGAUCCUGAGAUUCGACCCGAAGGCUAUCAAGUAUAUGCCCGUUGCGGCGCUGGAGCUGCGCCCGGACUUGGCAAAGGUGGGCGCGGAGAUUAGGGUCGUGGGUAACGAUGCGGGUGAGAAACUGAGUAUCCUCUCUGGUGUCAUCAGUCGACUCGAUCGCAAUGCUCCGGAGUACGGAGAGGGAUACAGCGAUUUCAAUACCAACUAUAUCCAAGCGGCUGCUGCGGCUAGUGGUGGUAGUUCGGGGUCGCCUGUUGUGAAUAUCGAUGGGUUCGCUGUGGCGUUGCAGGCGGGUGGGCGAGCGGACGGCGCCGCGACAGAUUACUUUCUGCCUGUGUCGAGGCCGAAGCGGGCGCUGGAGUGCUUGCAGCAGGGCCUGCCGAUCACAAGAGGAACGAUUCAGUGUCAAUGGAUGCUGAAGCCGUUCGACGAGUGCCGGAGGUUAGGGCUGACGCCGGAAUGGGAGGCAAAGAUACGCGCGGAGUUCCCGAAGGAGACGGGAAUGCUGGUCGCUGAGAUUGUGCUUCCGGAGGGACCGUCGGAUACGAAGCUUGAAGAGGGAGAUAUCUUGCUGAAGGUCAAUGGGGAGCUGCUGACGCAGUUUGUGAGGCUGGAUGAUAUUCUCGACUCGAAUGUCGGGCAGGGUGUCAAGCUUGUCAUACAGCGUGGCAGUGAGGAUAUCGAGGUUGAACUUGCUGUUGGGGAUCUGCACAAGAUUACUCCGGAUCGCUUCAUCUCCGUUGCUGGCGCCAGUUUCCACGACCUGUCGUACCAGCAGGCUCGCCUCUACGCUGUCGCCUGCAAGGGCGUCUUCAUCUGCGAGGCCACGGGAUCAUUCAAGUUUGAGGGCACUGAUUCCGGAUGGCUCGUACAGUCGGUGGAUCACAAGAAAACGCCGGACCUGGCAACCUUCAUUGAAGUCAUGAAGGGCAUCCCGGACCGCUCGCGCGUUGUUGUCACAUACAAGCAUCUACGCGAUCUACACACCCUCAACACAAGCAUCCUCUACAUUGACCGUCACUGGUCGAGUAAGAUGCGCUUGGCAGUACGAAACGAUAACACUGGACUAUGGGAUUUCAGCGAUCUCGCGGAGGCCCUACCGGCCUUGCCGCCUGUUCCCCGCAGCGCGAGCUUCAUCCAGCUCGAUAACCCGACGCACCCAGCCGCUGCAGAGCUAGUCAAGAGCUUUGUGCGUGUUGCGUGCCAUAUGCCAGUUAAGCUGGACGGCUUCCCGCGAAACCGCAAGUGGGGCAUGGGUGUCGUGCUCGAUGCUGAGAAGGGUCUUGUCAUCAUCUCCCGCGCGGUUGUGCCGUACGACUUCUGCGACAUUUCCAUCACUAUUGCGGAUUCAAUCAUUGUUGACGGCAAGGUUGUUUUCAUGCACCCCCUACAAAACUACGCCAUCAUCAAAUAUGACCCAUCGCUCGUGGACGCACCAGUGAAGAGCGCCAAGCUCAGCACCGAACAGAUCAAGCAGGGUGCCUCAACGUACUUCAUCGGCUUCAACCAAAAUAUGCGCAUCGUUGUCGCCCAAACAACCGUCACCGACAUCACCGCCGUCGCCAUCCCCGCCAACGCCGGCGCCCCCCGCUACCGCGCCGUCAACCUCGACGCCAUCACCGUCGACACAAGCCUAAGCGGCCAAUGUGGCAGCGGCGUCCUCGUCGCCGAAGACGGCACCGUCCAAGCCCUCUGGCUCACAUACCUCGGCGAGCGCUCCUCCACCACAAACAAAGACAGCGACUACCACCUCGGCAUGGCCACCCCAACCCUACUCCCCGUCAUCAAGCAGAUCCAGGCCGGCGUCACCCCGGAACUGCGCAUGCUCAGCGUAGAGUUCAAUGCUAUCCAGAUGUCGCAGGCGCGCAUUAUGGGCGUCUCAGAGUCGUGGAUUAAGAACGUCGCUGCGGCUAACUCCGCGCAUCACCAGCUUUUCAUGGUGCGCAAACGCACUUUUGAGCGUGAUCAGGACUCGCAUGCGCUUCAGGAGGGAGACGUCAUUCUCACACUCAACGGGAAUAUCGUCACCCGCGUCUCGGAGCUAGAUGUCAUGUACGACAGCAAGGUGCUCGACGCCGUCAUCGUCCGUGACUGUGUUGAGAUGCACGUUGCAGUUCCCACGGUCGCAGCGCACGAUGUGGAGACUGACCGCGCAGUCAACUUCUGUGGUGCCGUCUUGCACCGCCCCCAUCUGGCUGUGCGUCAGCAGAUCAGCAAGUUGCACAGUGAGGUGUAUGUUAGUGCACGCACGAGGGGUAGCCCGGCGUACCAGUAUGGGCUUGCGCCGACGAACUUCAUCACUGCUGUUAAUGGUGUUGCGACACCGGAUCUGGAGGCCUUUAUUCGUGAGGUCGUGAGGAUUCCGGAUAAUACCUACUUCCGCCUCAAGUGCAUGACGUUCGACAACGUCCCCUGGAUCUGUACGAUGAAGAAGAACGAGCACUACUUCGCGACGAUGGAGUGGAUCAAGGAUCCUAGCGAGGAGUGCGGAUGGCGCCGUGUAUCAUACGAGCAUGGCGAGAGCAUCAAGGGUGAAGGCAAGGAGGGCAUUAACGAGAUCGCGGCGGAAAGCAUCGCCGAAGAUGACACUGGGGCUGGUGAUACCGAGCCCGUCGCCGUGAAGGCGUAAGUGGUUUGGUAACGAAGGAGUGAGUGGCGUCUAGGGCGAGAAGGGGGUAUCUAUGUGGGCUGGUUGGUAGAGGGUUUGGUCGGAUUGUAAAUUUAUUGUAUAGAUAGACCCGCCUGGCCUGCUCUUUGAGGAGCGGCUGCCCGUCGGCUGGCUGUAUUGUAUAAGUCUACAAGAUAAAAAGCUAGAGGAAGGAUAGAUCACGGAGUUGAUAAUACAAAAAAACACAGUAUAUAUU